AUGUCUGGCAAAGAUCACAUCCAAGCACCCCAAGACGACGACGACAAGAUCAACAGGACUUUGAGAGAAAACCUCCCCGAGAAUAUCAAUGAAGUGGAUCUAGGAGCCAAAGAUCAAAAAGGCCUCCUCUCCUUCAUCGGCGACCCCCUAGGAAAGGGCGUCCAAAAAGUCGUAUCUCCAGUAGGCAACCUAGUAGGAGGCACUGGAGACAGAAUGGCUGGGUUCACAAAACAGGACGAGAAGCAAAAGAGUGGAGGAGAGUCAUACGAAAAAUUUGGGGGCAAGGAACAGAACGCAGGUAAUCCUCUAGGUCUGUAG